AUGAAUGGUGUUCAUUGGCCUGGCCUUCACAUUGGUCUGAUCACAUUCAAGAUCAAAGAGAUAACAUUUUUGGAAUUAGUUCCGAUAGUCUUAGGGAUCCAUAUUUGGGCAGAACAACUCAAAUCAAAGAAAUUACUGCUGCAUAUUGACAACUUAGCAUUAGUUCACGUCAUCAACAAAAAAUCGUCAAAAAGUAAAAACGUUAUGGUUUUGCUUCGAGCUUUAGUCUUGCAUACACUUCGUUUUAAUAUUCAGACUGUGUGGAUCAUUGGUUCAUCAAUUGUUCACUGGGCACAGCAAUAUGCAGAAAACACCAAUCAGUUAGACCUUGGUUUGAAGCAGUUUGCUAUCAUAUGGAAAGGUAAAAGGGGGAUGGUUUGGGAGAAUUUGUCUUCAGUUGUUGCAAGAAUGUCGAAAUCUCAUAUCCCUCCAUCUAUUUUGAUUCUACAUUGUGGAGGUAAUAACAUAGGCGAUCCUCAAAAUACCCUUAAAGGCAUCCAAAAAUUCAUGAAACGUACGUUAGCACAAUUAGGUCAAGAUCUGCCAAAUACACUAAUUGUAUGGUCCCAUAUUUUACCUCGCGGCAAUUGGAGAAAGUCAUUGUCAAAUUUUGAAGGUGAAAAAGCAAAAAAGAGAAUUAAUAGUGCAAUUGCAACUUUUGUUCUAAACCAACUUCAUGGUGCCUCCAUUAAAUACCCUGAUAUUCAGGUAUCUUACAAGAGGCUAUUUAGAAUAGAUAGGGUACACUUGUCAGAUCUAGGAAAUAGUGUUCUCAUCAACACUUGGAAAAAUGCUAUCGUGCAAUUCGUCACUACAUCUACUCGAACUUACCCUUGAAUUAAUUUUUACAUAUACUGGCGAGUCAUGGUCAGUUUUCAGAA